AUGUCUGUCUCUAGGCAUGUGUGGCUCGACACAUACCACGCAGUUUCCUCAAUCAAGUCUCCUUCUGUCAUCGGUCUCUGCGACACGCGCAAUGCAACGAGCAGCAAGCACAACAUGCAGCACGUUGGCGGCAAGUUCAAAAACGUGUACACUCCUGAAGAAUUUACGCAUAACUCAGACUGAGGGUCUAUCACAACACGCACGCACGCGGUACGCCUUGCUCGUGUACGGAGCGACAACAACUAUGUAGUCUCAAUAAUGUUCAGCCAAUUCUCAGCGUACGAUGUUUCCUGCCUCAAUUCACGUUCAAGCAACUCAGUCAAGCACAGCGUGGGGCCGUGUAAAGCUCAUUCGUGAAACAAGUAUCAGGACAUCCUGCAAGGAACAAAUUGUGCUUGUGUACAAGGAAUGUCGACACACAACUGGCAAACCUGUAGCCGGGGUGUGUGAGGCCUCGGACGGACACCCAGGAUUUCUGUCAAAACAAGAACAGACCUGUUGCUAUACUUAUGCGGUCGCCUACCCAAACGCCGACGAGGGAUAUCCACCUGCGUGUCCACCUCUCUCUCUCUCUCUCUCUCUCUCUCUCUCUCUCUCUCUCUCUCUCCCUCUCCUUCCCCCUCUCCCUCUCCCUCUCCUUCUCCCCCUCUCUCUUUCUCUCUACCAUACGUGUGCCCUCUGUGCCAAUGUGCUAACUCCGAGCAACACCCGAAACGGCAAUACACUAAGAACAGCUCCCUCGCCGGGCCCCCCAGAACCCCUCGCAUUGAAGGAGGCCAACAUCUCCUGUGUGGACUGCCUUCCUCCUGUGUUUGUGUGAUCCAGGCUGGUGCGUCCAGGAAUUUGUACCUAGAAAGGUGUAAAAGACCCACGUUCAGAGUAAUGGGAUGGCAAACAAACAACAACAAAUGUUGGUUUUCAUUCACAUUAUGCAACAGCGGUCGCCGCGAUUGCUUCUGGCGCGACGUCC